AUGGAGUCAGGCACAUUCAGCUGGGAGAGCUUGUCUCUAAGCAGAGAUGCUCUGGCUAAAGCUGAGGAGAAACAUCAGAAGGAUGUGGAGACCAUCAGUCAGCUGGAGAAGGAGAAGUCUGACCUGACAGAAAAGGUGGAGACUCUGAGAGAGACAGUGGAGGACAUGGGGGACCAGCUCUUUGAGUGUAACAGAGAGUGUGAUGAGUUAAUGAGCGAGCGAAAGACUCACAACAUCCUCCAAGCAGAGAAAGAUGAGAUGAAGAAGACCAUCACUCAGAUGGAGGAGGAGAAAGAUGAGAUGAAGAAGACCAUCACUCAGAUGGAGGAGGAGAAAGAUGAGAUGAAGAAGACCAUCACACAGAUGGAGGAGGAGAAAGAUGAGAUGAAGAAGACCAUCACUCAGAUGGAGGAGGAGAAAGAUGAGAUGAAGAAGACCAUCACACAGAUGGAGGAGGAGAAAGAUGAGAUGAAGAAGACCAUCACACAGAUGGAGGAGGAGAAAGAUGAGAUGAAGACUCUAAGUCACAUGGAGGAGUUACUGAAGGUAAACAUUUCUCCUCACGAAUCUGCUGGUGUGUGUGUGUGGGUGUUUGUGUGUGUGUGUGUGUGUUUGUGUGUGUGUGGGUGGUUACAUUUUGUCCUCCAAAAUACAUUUUUGAAGAUUCUCAUGAAUCAGUAUUUAAAACUGGAGAAAGAGAAGUCUGACCUGACAAAAAAAGUGGAGACUCUGAGAGAGACAGUGGAGGAACUGGGGAACCAGCUCACUGAGACACAUGUGCAGUGUGAUGAGCUCACGGAUGUAAGUGACUAA